AUGAGUGAUAAAGGAUUACGCUAUUACACUCCACGUGAGGUCCGCGUUCACUCUUUCGAAGAUGAUGCCUUUGUGUCUGUAAAUGGAAUGGUGUUAGACUUAACACCGCUCAUACAACACUAUCAAGGCACUCGUUUCGCUAGUCUCGUACAGCCGCUCAUUCGUGUUGCCGGCACAGACAUCUCCCACUGGUUUGAUAAAGAGACAAAAGACUUGAAAACUUGUAUUGAUCCAGAAACAGGAUUUCGCACAUAUGCACAGCCUUAUGGUCGAUUUGCACAUAUCCCCACACUCUUACCAGAUAGCUGUAUAGAUCUCAGCUAUGAGGUGCCAUGGUGGCAGGAUGAACACUUUAUCGUGGGAAGACUCACCAGCAAAACACGCCGAAUACGCAUUGUGAAUACACUUAACGGCCAUGAACACACUCUAGAGGUUUGUGCAGAGGAGACAUUGAAUGAAAUUGUGGCCACGCGGUAUCUUGGCAUUAAUGCACAUGCACUCAGUUACACUUGGCGUCGCCACGACCCGGAAGGACGGGAUCUUGAUAUGACUAAAACACUGGAUGAAAAUGGUGUUGUGGAUGAAUCAGCGGAAUUUGAGUCGUUGGGCCUAAACGCAGAUCAUUACAUUCCGGCUAUUCACCUCUACUACGAUGAUGACUUGACAGAAGCGUAG